GACCCCAACUCUUUCUUUGAUCAAUCCAACCAGUCCCUUCGAACUAUCAACCAGCGACUGCUGCCUACCAUGCGCUCGUCCAGCAGCCCCCUUGUGGGACUCUUUCUUCUCCUGCUGUCUACACCAAUGCUGGUAUAUUCAGCCCUCACGAUCGCCAUUCCCUCAUCCAAUCUGCUCCCCAAUCCCCACGCUCUCCCCGCUGGAACCCAUGCGACGUUGACCACGCUUCCCUCGUCGCCCUCGUCGCCUUCGCAACUGACUGCAUCCCUCACUCGCUCUGCGACAUUCGUCUUCGCCAAUAUCCCUGCCCAAUCGAAGCCUCGAUCCUACAUUCUCGACAUCCGCUCGCCGGAUGUCAUCUUCGCCCCGUACCGCGUGGACAUUGCCGCUGAUGGAAGCGUUCUCGGCGUCUGGGAGACCUUCCGCGCGAACCCCUGGGAUAAUAGAGGCCCGGAGAAGUACAUCCUCGAUGUCACUACUGCCGCUGGGCAAGUUGGAGCUGUCUCUGCUGCAACCACGCCCGAUGUGACUGUCGAGGCCCGAGUCCUUGCCCGGAGAAAUUUCUACGAGGAACGCCCCCGGUUCUCGCCCUUGGCGCUGUUCAAGAAUCCUAUGAUCCUACUAGCUUUGGUCGCUUUGGGAUUUACAUUUGGCAUGCCGAAGUUGAUGGAAAACAUGGACCCCGAGAUGCGUGCCGAAUUCGAGAAACAAUCUCGCUCCUCCCCGAUUACGGGCGCCACACGCAGCGCCAUGGCCGGCGGCGGAGCGCCCGGCAAUUUCGACUUGGCAGGAUGGAUGGCUGGAGCCACUCCCAGGCCCGCGCCCGGUGCUGACGGAGUUGCUGCGUCGGGCAGAGAUAGUGGGGGUGCUUCUCGGAGAAGAGGAUAGACAUGCAGGCCCUGCGGCGUCGGAAUGACAACGCAGCGCGAGAAGUUUGGAUGCUCGCCAACCUUCAUUCCUGUGCUCGUACAGGAGGUAGAAAGCUCGACGUAUAACAUUAGAGCGAGCUUAAUCAAGCGAACCUUGCUAGCCACGCUUCACAACCAUCUUGCCUCGCGCCCGGGAAAGAAGCUCAUAUAGAAGGAAGUAUAUUUCAUCCGAGGAUUCAGAUCUAGCGUUUGAAUUUGAUUUAACAUAAGUACAUGAUUCAAGUCCAGCUAUUUUGACAUUGACGGAAAACAUUCCUGAAAAGGAGAUAUUGAUAUAGCUUCCAACAAAAAACCACGGAAGUUGCCUAGACGAGCAGACAGUUUGGGUUAACUCACUCUUGAGCUAGGAAUGUUGGAUCGGAUUCGU